GAGCGCUUCCAUCUCCUGCCACAUUGACAUGAGAUCAGUAUCUCACUUUCAGCUUGAAGAUAAAAUAAAAUGGGGCAGCACAUUGGGGCGGUGGUUAGUGCUGUCACGUCACAGCAAGAGGGUACCAGGUUCGACUCGGGGUCUGGGCCCUUCUGUAACCAGCCCAGGGUGUACCCUCCCUCUUGCCCGUUGUCAGCUGGGAUGGGCUCCAGCCCCCCUCCAUGACCCAGACAGAUAAGCGGUAUAGAAAAUGGAUGGAUCAGAUAAAACUUUAUUGAUACCUUAAGGGAAAUUCAUAAGCUACCCAGUAGAUACACUAUAUGAUGUAGUAAAACCACCUUUACCAGCUGCAACAUUAAAGAGAUGAACACAUCAAUGCAAUUAAAAUACAAUAUUAUUCUGAAGAAUGCUAUUCUGUAUACUGUACUGUUACUUUUGGUGCUUCAAAUAAAUUUUAAUGCUGAUAUAUUAUACUUCUAUUUAAAUGUAAACAUGUAACACAAUAUUUAUACACUGUGGUAUUGCUACUUUUCAAGGAUUCAGUGAAUCUAGCGUCAUCUUAUCUUGUUUGAAUUUGCCCAGCCUUAAAUAUUCGGAUUCAAGGAUUUGACAUUGAAGGAGCUGCAUAAAAGCGUGGCCCAGCAGCAGCUCGUGGCCUUCCUGCAUAGCUUCUCUCUGUGAUGCCUGGCCUCCGUUGAACUAGACCCCUCUGUCACGGCCCUCUGCUAUGGAUAUAAUUUGGUUUCUGUUGGUGCUUUUGGCUGUGGUUCUGGCUUUUUUAGUAUUGCAGCUAAGGCUUAGGAUGUCUGCACCUGGCCCUCAGGAGCCCCCUCACCUUCCAGCGCUGCCCCUGAUCGGCAGUCUGCUGAGUCUGCGGAGCCCACUCCCUCCCCAUGUGCUUUUCAAAAAACUGCAGGAGAAAUACGGACCGACAUACUCUCUGAUGAUGGGCCCCCACUGUGUCAUCAUCAUCAACCAUCACACCCACGCCAAAGAAGUGCUGCUGAAGAAGGGAAAGAUAUUUGCUGGGAGACCCAGAACUGUAACCACAGAUGUUCUGACCAGAGAUGGGAAAGACAUCGCGUUUGGAGACUACAGUGCUACCUGGAGAUUCCACAGGAAAAUAGUUCAUGGAGCCCUGUGUAUGUUUGGAGAAGGCUCUGCGUCCAUUGAGAAGAUCAUCUGUGCAGAGGCUCAGUCUCUGUGCUCAGUCCUGUCCGAGGCGGCAGCAGCUGGACUGGCUCUGGAUCUGUCUCCUGAGCUGACUCGGGCCGUCACCAACGUCAUCUGUUCACUCUGCUUCAACUCGUCCUACCGCAGAGGAGACCCAGAGUUUGAGGCCAUGCUGCACUACAGCCAGGGCAUCGUGGACACUGUGGCAAAGGACAGUCUGGUGGACAUCUUCCCCUGGUUACAGAUUUUCCCCAAUGCAGACCUGCGUCUUCUAAAGCAGUGUGUUUCAAUCAGAGACCAGCUUCUACAGAGGGAAUACGAUGCACAUAAGGCAGACUACAGUGACCAUGUGCAGAGAGACCUGCUGGAUGCCCUGCUGAGAGCCAAGCGCAGCGCUGAGAACAACAACACAGCAGAGAUCAGUGCAGAGUCUGUGGGCCUGAGUGACGACCACCUCCUCAUGACUGUGGGAGACAUCUUCGGAGCCGGCGUGGAAACCACCACCACCGUGCUCAAGUGGGCGGUCACCUACCUCAUCCAUCACCCGCAGAUUCAGAGGCGUAUUCAGGAGGAGCUGGACAGUAAGGUGGGAGGAGACCGGUCCCCCCACCUCAGUGACAGAGGCAGUCUGCCCUACCUGGAGGCCACCAUCAGGGAGGUGUUACGGAUCCGACCCGUGGCCCCUUUGUUCAUCCCUCAUGUGGCUCUUGGUGACACCAGCAUUGGGGAUUUUAUGGUGAGGAAAGGAACUCGAGUCAUCAUCAACUUGUGGUCCCUGCACCAUGAUGAGAAGGAAUGGAAAAACCCUGAGCUCUUUGACCCCGGUCGGUUUUUGAACAGCGACGGCACUGGUCUGAUUAUCCCGUCACCCAGCUACCUGCCGUUCGGUGCUGGGGUCAGGGUGUGUCUGGGUGAGGCCUUGGCCAAAAUGGAGCUCUUCCUCUUCCUGUCUUGGAUCCUACAGCGCUUCACCCUCUCUGUCCCAUCAGGCCACCCUCUGCCCAGUCUGGAGGGUAAAUUUGGGGUGGUCCUCCAGCCAGCCAAGUACAAGGUGAAUGCCAUGCCCAGACCAGGCUGGGAGAGAAAAUGCCAGGCAUGUUGAGACUGGCCUCAUGUUCUCCACAUAGAAGUUCUUAGUUGUGACUGGAGAGUCUGUGGGAACAACAUACAUCAUGUAUUACAAGCAUCGAACAGUGAAGUGGACGUAUCAUAACAUCUUUUAGUAGAAGUAGGCUAGACAAAAGCUUACAUACCAGCCAUUCCAUCGAGCAGCGGGUAAGACAAAAUUUCAACAAACCGUCAAUCUACAAAGCAGUUACCUUUUUUAAUUUGCCUGUGCUGUAAUGUCCUUUGGAAUCAAACCAAGUCAGACCUCCUGUUAAUGUACCUGAACCUUUUCAAAAUGAUUUUAGUGAUGAAUAAUACAGAUGUUUUUGAUGUUGCAUUUGAAACAGAAGCAACAUCAAACUAACCCAGCAUUUAACUGUAAAAUACUCCAGUACAAGUAAAGGUACUGCGUUCAGUAAAAUGUAUUAAAAUGCGCAUUCUUUUGUAUGACAGAUUAUGGGUACUGAUGCAUCAGUUAGUAAGGAGCAUUUUACCACUGUAUCCGCUGGAGGUGGAGCUAUAGUUCUAACUACCUAUAUACACUUAGCUAUGAUCCAGUGGUUCCCAAAAUAAAUGUGCUUUCUUUUAAAAAAAAUAAUAAUUUAAAAAAUCAAACCAUAUGAGAGGUUUAAAGGGGAGAUGUGUCUUUAGUGGAACGGCAAACAAUUCAUAAACAUGUGAAACGUGACUAGAGGCCACAAAUAGACACCAACCCUUUGUGAGGGGAACCGCUUCAUAUUAAUCUUAAACAAUGUACAAUGUAUAUAAAAUCUUAAGCUGAAAAGUAACUAGUAACUAUAUAUCUAUCAGAUAAAUGUAGAACAGUAAAUCUAAAGUAGUGUAGUAAAUGUAGUUAGGUAAUUUUGACCGCUGGCUAUCAAAAUAAAACAGAGAAGGUGCUGAGAUUUCAAGUUCUUCACCCAAUGAAACACACUUCCAUAUGAAAGUAUUGUAAUGCAUUUGGCAUGUGAGCAUAUGCUGUGUAUUGUAGAAAUACUCAAGUGCUUCAACAUUGCACUUAAGUUUUAAUGCUAUGGAAAUGUACAUUAUGCUUAAUUUAUAAGUGGAAUGUAUAAUGUAUUUACAAAUAUACUUAUAUAAAGUGGAAUUAGAAAGUAAGAUCUGUUUCCAGUUUGUAAAGACCUGAUUCUGUGUGUCGUGUGUGUGUGUGUGUGUGUGUGUGUGUGUGUGUGUGUGUGUGUGUGUGUGUGUGUGCGUGUGUGUGUUAAAGACAGAAAUGUAACAUAGACUUGGAUGAUUUGCUGUUGAUUUCACAUAGACCCUUGAGAAAUAUAACCUGUCAUUCAUCUCUCUGUAUCUUUGUUAUGGCUUUGGUAAAUAUAGGUCUGUUAUAAAGAC